AUGCCGUUAAAUUCAAACAAUCCUAACUCACAAUACCUCUCACUAUGCGUGUUCUUGUCGUUCCUCUUGCAGCCAUGUCGAGCCGACGUCUGCGUGGUUUGGGUGGCGAAGGGAAUCGAACAGAAUUUUGGUCAGGAGAUUAUGGAGAUGAUGAGUAGGCAUCCGAAGGACAAGGUGAUCGUACACGACACCGCUUUGAUGGGACGUCCCAACGUGUCCCAAAUGAGCGUGGAGAUGGCAAAGAAGUGGCGGGCUGAGGUGGUGAUUGUGACCAGCAAUCCGGAAGGGAGUAGAGACGUUGUCGAUGCUUGCAAGGGUGCAGGAAUCCCAGCGUUUGGACCCAUUUGGGAUUCCUAA